AUGCAACUCAGCUGCCUGUGCAGCCUGGCUCUGUUAUCCUGGAUCACCUGGACUGCCUGUUGGAUGAUGUGGGUGAACAACUGCCUUCCAAUAAUGAUGUAUUGCCUGCAACACCUUCUAAACCUCAGAAAAGUCAGUUAUCUGCAGCAGUGGUUGCCACACCAAUGGCAUUAUCUAGCCAUCCUGUUGGACAUGGAGGCCCCACCUGAGCCAAGGGAUUGUGUCCUGUGUGGAGUGGAUGGAAUCUUCCAGUGCAUUGAGUGUGCCCAUCAGCUGGUCUUCUGCACCAUGUGUUGCUGGGCAGAACACAAGCCCUGGCCAUUCCACAGGGUGGAACAAUGGAAUGGCACAUUCUUUGAGAAAUCAUCCCUGCAGCUGGCUGGUUUGGUACUGCAUGUUGGGCAUGGUGGGAAGCACUGCCCAGCUGGUGGUUGUUCAAAUGAUGAAGUCACAGCUGAGGAGGAAGAUGAUUGGGAGGAUCUGAUGCAGGCUGGAAUGUUUCCUGCUACCACAAAGGCUGCAAGGACUGCAUUUACCUUCCAAGUACUUGAUGACUUCAUUCAGGACAAUGUGGAAUGUGGUACCUCAGCCAUGAAUUUCUACAGCAAACUCCACCACAUAACCUCCAAUGCCUUUCCUCACCUGGUGCCAGAUAGGUACAGGGAACUGCUGAGAGUUGCUAGGAUGUGGUGGCUCCUGAAACUACUGAAAUGGCAGGGAUCCCACACAAGUGCAGAAGAUGCCAGCCCUGGGGAAUUAGUGUUAUUCUGUCCAGCAUGUCCUCAGCCUGGCAUCAACAUUCCUGAAGAUGAAAUGGAUUAUUCCCAUUGGACACUGGCAAGAAGCUUGGUCAUGGAUGGGAAUUUCAAGGCAGAGCAUAUGCAUCCAAAGGAUGCUGGCAGCAAAGCCUGGUUGAUGGAUGGAAAGGGGUACAUGGUCACAUCACAGCCAUACAAGGAAUAUUUGAGUGGCACUAAAAAUGUGGUUGAGAUCUUGGAUUGCAGCAAUCAUUGGGCAGUUAAUCAAGCAAAUGCCAACCAGCAGCAGCUUGCAUCUACAGGAAUAGGUGGAUGUGCCUGUGCAUGGCAUGGCUGUUUUGUGCCACAUGCAAUGGUCGACUUCCAGAAGGGCAAACAGCAGGUUAACAUGGACUAUGUGCUUGUGCAUGCCAUCAGGCAUGGCACAGUCCCUGGCCAGCAAAUCUGCCCUGGCAUUGGGUUGUGGCAUGUUCAUGGCCACUGCACAGAAUGCUUUGCACAAUAUGCUCCCAAUUUCAUUGUGGGUGCUGGCCAGGUGGAUGGGGAGAUCAUGGAAACCUUGUGGUCCUCCCUGAAUAUCAUUUCCCCAUCUGCUAGAGGCAUGGCUACUCCCCAUCAGCAGGAGGCUACAGCAAGGAGACUCAAGUGGAAACUCAAGGUUGCUGAGGAAUCUUAUUUAGUGGUUGAAGGCAGAUUUACUGAUUUGAAUGGUAAUGUCCCACUGGCAAUCAGCCAAUCAUGGGGGGAAGAAGUGGCAGUGGCAUUGAAAAACUGGCUGUCAAGGCCACAGGCCAUGGAUAUAUAUGAGGUCAGGCUGCAGAAAGGAUUUGUGCUGAGUGGUAUUGAAGCUCCCUCUGCAAAGGCAGUCAAGAUAGAUUUACUGGCCAUCCCCCAGCCAGGGCAUUUGCAGGGUAUGGUGACCUGGAUUGUGAAGGCAUUGAAGAUAGAGGAAGCACAAACCCAGCUUACAGUGGCAUGCCAGCACAUCACCUCAAGAGUGACAGAAGCUCAAAAUCUCACCAUUGCAUGUUGCCAUGAUCAUCUCCAGUCCCAUAUACAUGGCAUUUUUGACACUGCCAAAAAACUAUUUGGGGACAGAUUCAAGGAUGCCAAGCUAUGCUGGUCAUCUAACCUGCAUGAUCCAGAAACCAUUGCAUUGCUGCUGCCAUCCAAUCUGCAACUGCAGCAAGGACAGGCCAAUGAUUGUCUUCAUGAACUGCAGCUUGUGCUUGCAGAGAAGGCAGUCAUCUUUCAAACUGACAUUCACCAUGGAAGUAAUUACCACAUGGCCACACAUGCCUGGGGAAGGGUGGCCAAUGCCAAAGCAGUAGUGCAAUGUCAUGCCACUGUGUACUGCUGGUGCUGCAUUCAAAUGGGCAGCAUGGCACUAUCUGACCCAAAUGCCAGAGGUCACAGAGAUGAUACCCUACCUUGGAUCUGGACAAUGGAUGUACCAAGGGACAUGGCCACUAAUGAUUGGAUGUCAGAAUUCUACAGGGUCAAUUGGCUCUGGACAAGGGCACUGUGGGACAGAUGGAAGGAGGAGGUUCAGCUGUUGAAAUGUAGGAUUUUGGACUGGCAGAAAGGCUGCUGCAUUGGCAAAGAGACAGGCCAGGCUGGCAUGCUAUGCCACAUGGCAAUGCCAGACAUAUGGCAGAUUAGCAUGUCUUCUGUGAACCAUUUCCAUCUAGAGACCACUAGCUAUCUGCAACAACAUCAUUUUUGGGAUCUCCCAAAUGAUGCCAGGGUUAUGGAUCACAUAUUGUAUGACAUCUCAUCUUUCAUGCUGUACUUGAGAAUAAGGUUUCAUCACCUUGUCACCACCAUGAAGAAGCCAGAUUGGUCUGAAUACCAGCACACUAGUUGGUAUCAACAUUUCCUGGCAGAAGCAAACAACAGCAGCAAAGUGGAAUUGGGAUAUGAGAGGAGACCUCUGUGGAACAUAAUUACAGAAGCUGCAGAAUUUUUCACAGGAGUAUCGAAUGGCAGCAUCUUGCUACCACUGCUUAUUAAUUCACAUCCAUCACCCACUGCUGAACAUGCUGCACUACACAUGAUGUGCACAGAAGGCUUGAAGGAUAUUGAUCAAGAGUUAUCAUAUCUUUCCAAGUUAAUCUUACAUUCACAGGAGCAGAUGUCAUCACUGGAAGCUGUUACCUGA